UGUUGUUCUAUUUUAUGGCCGAAGCAACAGCUGCAUACUGUGAUUAAAAUAAGAACCGAAAAAGAAGACCAAAAACAACAACGAAAAUUGCCUUGUGCUAUGUGAAAAAUUCUUGAAAUAAUAUAAAUUCAUCGACUGUUUGGUGCAGCGAAAUUCGGUGUUGUGGCAAAUGAUGAAAUUUUGAACUUUGACACCAUUCGUUCGUGUUUCCGCUUUCACUUUUAACCGAACCUUUUAUCAUAACCAAAAACGGCAACAAUAACACGACGUAGUAUAAAAUAUAUUGGUAAAGCACAACGGAUACACAAAACAACGACAACGUAGCAAACGUAAACUACUUUCGAUAGCCAUGGCGACAAAACGACGUCCACUGCGUCCAAAUCUUGGACAAAGCGGACCAAGCAGUGGCACCAACAUGAACUUUCGACCUGGUGGACCCGAUAUAACGCGAGCAGAGGCGCGUGGAACGCGACCAACGGCUGCUCCCACCAGUAUACGUGAAAUUCUCGUCAUGGGUGUGAUACAUCUGUGCAAAAAAACGAUAUUCUUCAAUACGGACCUGAAGGUGGCGCUCUAUUUGGGGAGCUUGUUCAUCAUAUCGCUGAUAGGCGACUUCUUGCCAUUUCCCAAGACAUACUUUGCCCGCUCCGACAACCUGUUCAAUCUGUACUUUGUUAAGGUCGGUUGGGGUUGGACCCUGAUGUUUGCAGUGCCCUUCUUGGUGCUCUCGGCCUACACGAUUACAUGCGGCGACAUGAAACGCAUGCUAAGACAUCACUUUCCACGCAUUGUGAUAGCCACGUUCUUCUGGUUCUUCUGGACGAAACUCUUCAAUAUUGUGGAAACCUCUUAUGGUCGCUGCAAUAUAAAGGGUUACCAGAGCAAGUCCAGCUGCCUAAAGGCAGGACAUCUGUGGCACGGAUUUGAUAUAUCUGGCCAUGCGUUUAUAUUGAUACACUCUAGUCUGGUGCUGAUCGAGGAAGCGCGUCCCAUUAUCAAGUGGGAGACGAUCAAGGAGCAUCUACGCAAUGAGCUGCACAAUCGCAGCGUCUCGGAGAAGACGGGCAGCAAUCCACUGCGCUACCUCAAUGAUGAGCAGAUGCGUAGUCUGCAGUUUCUCUAUACGCGUCUAACUCCGAUCAUUCGCACCCUGUUCAUUGGCAUGGCAGCGCUGCAGCUGCUCUGGGACAUCAUGCUGGUUGGCACCAUGCUGUACUAUCAUCGCAUGAUCGAGAAAGUUGUCAGUGGCAUCAUUGCCAUUCUGACAUGGUACUUUACAUAUCGCUUCUGGUAUCCAACGAAUGGACUGCUGCCCGAUGCGCCCGGCGACGGCACCUUUUUCUAUCAACGCGAGAGCUUUGCUUUUAGGCGACCCACGCAUUUACCCACCUGCACCCAAUCCGCUGGCAAUCAGAUGCCCAAUCCAAACGGCAGUAGUAACAAAAUGAGUGCCCAGACGUCGGUGCAGCAACAACAGAUACCCACUUUUAUGGGUAUGCCCUUGUUCACGAAUGUGAAAGCAGCCAGUGCGGCGGCCAGUUCGCUGUACUCGGCGGAGCUGAAGCGGCGGGAACAGCAGCAGCAGCAGCAGGCGGGCAUUGAUAGUUGAAUCAGAUGUUUUCUUGACUAACCCAGCAAGCAACAGAUAAACAGGAAUUGAUUUUAAUGGAAAGGAGAAUAAUUUAAAAAAAUGGUAUUGGCUAGCAAACGUUUUUUUUACCAAUUAGAACAUAAUACCAAAUGAUUUUAAUGAUAAUUUAAAAGAUAGCUGCUUGAGGCUCGCACUUUGGUAUUGUGCACUGUUCAUAGGGCAAUCGACACUCCGCUCCGCGUUCUCUCUCUCUCUCUUUCUCCAUCUAUCCACGUUAUGUAGAAUUAAGCGUUCUUUUGUUUGUGUUUAUGUGCCCAACUUUAACAAUAACAAUAAAACAAUUGUUA